AAAAAGAAGAAGAAAAAAGAAAAGAGAAGCGGAGCGCGAGCUGCGAGGACUCUCGCAGGGAAAUUCCAUAAGAGGAACGAAGCGAAGAAGUCGUGAAUUACGAAGGUCGUUGGUUCUUCCUCUUUAACUGAGAAGAUGAACGGCGGCCCCUCCGGUUUCAACAAUGCCCCAGUUACGAAAAUAUUUGUCGUCGUGUGUGUUCUAUUGACCAUCCUUGCUGGGAUCCAAGGUCGGUCUGCCAAGGUUGCCUUGUCGUAUCAGGAUAUUUUUGGGAAGCUUCGGCUUUGGAAGUUAGUUAUGUCAGUUUUUGCUUUUUCAUCCACGCCAGAACUGAUGUUUGGACUUUAUUUGUUAUACUACUUCAUGGUGUUUGAGAGGCAGAUAGGUUCCAACAAGUAUUCGGUGAGUAAUCAUACGGUUUAUGCUACUAGUAGAUUUUAG